AUGCUGAGUAGCGGUCUCCGAAGGCCGAGACCCGCUUGGAUAGGCCGGGACUGGUGCAAUAUCGCUCACGAACCGAAUAUAGCGCCAGUCACCGCCCACCCACACGGGACGGACAAAGGACGCCGGCUCGCCGCUCCUGCGCCGCGUAUCUUCCAGCGUCUUGUGAACUUGGUGUUAAACUCGCGCGCGGCGAGUGCGUCGCUGCCGCGGACCGUCAACUGGCGCGUC